GUCAAAUCCCUGAAACUUUACUCUCAGUUGAAAAAGAGUUAGAGUCAAAAUCGAGUGUAAAAACGAAGUGUCAAGUAAUCAAAUCUGUAAGUGUCACUGCAACAUCUUUAACUCUUUUACUUUUCACUCUGAACUCUGAACCUGGAUGUGACUCUUAAAGUGUUAUUUAUCCCUCCCCGCCCCCAUAAUGAAACACACACCGACAGAAGUCAUGAAGACUGCAGACUGUGUUGACUUGUGGAUUUAGACUGAUGUUGGCCGAUUUCAUAGUGACAGGUGUUCAUGAUUGGAGAGCAGCAGGUGUUGAAAUCGAGGACGACGGAGGAGAACAUCCCAUUUGAUUGACCAAAUCGCGUUAAAACCAAACACAACGUUUAUGCAAACACACAAAUUACAAGAUACAACACAGAAAUGUUCCAGUUCGGUUUGAAGCAGGUAACCGCGGUCCUCGUGCUUCUCCUGGGCCUCACGUGCCACCAUGUUGAAGGACUCUGCAGUAUGGAGCAUUGCACUGACCACACUAGAUGUGUUUUGUCUAAAGACCAAAGAAGCUGCAAAUGUACCGACGGAUACUACGCAGACAAAUGUGACAAAGAUGCAGACAUCAAAGUCACGUGUGGCAAAGACCACAUCACCAUCAGAGCUUUGGAAGACUUCUUCAAGUAUCACAAUGUGCCGCUGGAGUCCCUGCACCUGCCAAACCAAUCUUGCCGCGCUGAGAAGGUGGUCAUCGACAGUGAGGCGUACUUCAUGUCCAGGAUAUCUAAACAUAAUUAUGCAGCAUGUGGAGGGAAACCUUUGGAGAAAAACUUCACGCACAUCCUGUACUCCCUGCGUCUCCUGUCAGACCCUCAGGUUAAUGGAAACAUCAUCAGAGAUCCCGUCAUUAAGAUGGACUACACCUGCGUCUAUCCGUACACCAGAACAGUGAGCCUGCCUUUUCCACUCGUCCCGUUCUCAAGUGAGAUGGUGAUGCGUGUGGAUGACCUUGACGCCACCGUACAGCUGAUGUUGUACACGGACAGCUCCUAUUCUAAGGCCUACAGCAGUGCUCCCACUAUUGAACUCAGGGACAAGGUGUAUGUGGAGUUGACGGUCACAGAGCCUGCAGAUUUCUUCCUGCUGCUGGUGCACGAGUGUUGGGCCACACAGUUUCCACAGCCGAACACCACCGAGGGACAGUUUCACAAUCUGCUGCAGAACGGGUGUGUGAAGGACCAGACUGUUUCUUUUCUUAACGUGGCCGAGGCACAGUCGGGUCGUAAUGGAGGAAGUUCAACCAUUCGCUACAGCUUCGACAUGUUUCGCUUCACCACAGAGCCUCAUGAGCUCUACCUGCACUGCACCGUUCAGCUGUGUGAGCCCGUCGACCACCAGUCCUGCACACCUAGCUGUAGUUCGAUCAGUAAGAGAGAAGCUGUGAGAGCAGGCCCGAGCCAAGGCCUCCUGUCGUAUGGACCCAUCAAGAUCGAAAUGCCAGACAGAACUCCAUCCGACGUGCUGAUGACGGUGGUGCUGCCUGUAGCGGGCGUCUGGACGGUUGGCUUCUUCCUCAUCAUCGUCAUCACUGUGGCCAAAGCAGGAAACAGGAGGAUCACACACGGAGAGGACGACUGACCAAAAAGCUGCUGCUGCUGCAGCGGAAAUAAAACUUUUAAGUGUGUCUGUAUCGAGUUUUAUUUCUAUCUUCAGAGAUAGAAACAACAGGGCUAUGUUACAGCAGGGGCAGUGUGGUACGUGUUCAAAUAGGACAUAAAAUCACUGUUUAGGUUUUGAGGAAACUGACAAUAUUAAACAUACAAAAAUGCAGAAACCUGAUUUUAAACUAACGCUUUAAAUCUGUGGUUCUCAACUGGUCCGUCUUCAGAACAGACCACUGAGAGAAAUCAAGACUAAAAUUUCUGAGAUUUUUCAACCAAUGAGAUUUAAUGUUUCAGAAGUGCUUCAUAGACUUUUUGAUUUCUAUUUUCAUUUCUAGGCAUACAUUUACCACCGACUGAAAACCGCUCCCACUUUGAGUCCCGACCCACCAGUUGAGAACCACUGCUCUAAAUUAGGUUUAAUCUGCUGAGGUUUGAAUCUGUGCAUUUUUAUUUUCCUUUAGUAUUUAGAGAACACCAUGAGCUCCUAACCCAAAAAUCAGGCCUAUGGUCCGUUACAUACUUGAUACACGUUUCAAAAAGUAAAAAGUUGGGAAAGUG